AUGACUGCUCCUACUUCACCUCCUCCUAAGCCGCCGCCUAUGGCCGCUGCGGGUGGGCAGAAUCGCAUGGGUAUCAUCUUCGCUUCUCUUGCUGUUGUUGCAGGCGGUUAUUAUUAUAUGAGGAGGGACCAUGACUCUCACAGAAAGGAUAUUGGUCUGAAGGGCGUCGAACGCAGUGGGGGAGGCGUAUAAACGAACCGCAAG